AUGAUAACACCCACCCCUGCCCACGGAAGCAACUCCUACCGCCUCGUCCGCGGCACAAAACUCGCAGACAUCCCUCCCCAGCCACCCCUUCCCCCAGUCCCACCCCUCUCCGACCUCGACGGACCAUUCCAGCUCGCAGAGUAUCUCUCGCUUAAGGUGAGACAUGACCCACACGACGUCAAGGGGCUGGUCGAAGUGCCUGGAGGGGACGAAAGUGUAGGAGGCAAGGGACCUGAUCGCAAUGUUUGGAUAUACGAGCAUCUUCGCCGGAUUCCCAUAGACUUGACUCCCCUUAUCACCGCUCUCCUCCCUGUCUGCAAUCGUGACACUUGUGGUCCUGAAAUGCGAGGACAAGACUUUACCUACUUUUGUGUCGCCCACGGAAACGGCACCAGAGAGUGUUCCAGUUUGGACUAUAUCUUGCAUACGCUGGACUGGACUGUGGCUCUGCUAAACAACCCUACCCACUUUCCUUCUCGGAUGCAAAUACCCUCAGCCUCCCUAUCCCACUUCCCCUCCAUGUUCCGACGUCUCUCCCGCAUCUUCUCCCACGCCUACUUUUAUCACCGCGAAGCCUUCGAACUCGCCGAAUCUGAAAACUCACUCUACGCUAGAUUCGCCGGCCUUUGCGAGGCGUACGAGCUCGUAGGGAAGGAUCUCUUGCAGAUCCCCAACCCGAACGAACAUAUCGGCAAGCCCUCAACGGAUCAAGAAAAGGAAGAGGAGAAGGAGAAGGAUCUGAGGGGAGAUGGGAAGAAGGAGAGAAAGUUGUUUGACUUUGGGUCCGAGCCGGAGAAGGAGAAGGACGAGGAGAUUGAAGAGUCUGAAGAUUUCCGACAUCCCUCGCCGUUCACCCCUAGCACUUCGCCUCUUCCGAAGAAGAAGCUCACUACCCGCGGUACGCUUUCGCGCGGUAAAGCGCCGCGUACGAGUAUGCUAUGGGCGCACGACGCUCCUGAAGCUGAAGCCAGCUCUACGUCAAUACCCGACACGCCCAUACCCGAAUCUAAAGAUGGGCAGGAGGCGUCGAGAAAGAGGAGUGAUAGUCUGGGAAGCACGACGAGCGUCGUCACAGCAGUGCACGAUACCGAGUCUGAACACCCCUCAGAAGAAAUCGUCGAAGCUGCCGAGACGCCUGCUGAUACGAUCAUCGAAACGCCCGCAGCAGCCGUGGACCCUUCCGGCCCUAGCGAACCUGUUUCCCUCCCCGAUCCUGCCGACCUCAAUAUCAACGAGACCACUCCUCCUGCCCUGACAGAACAGGAAGACCCGAUUGACGAGGAAGCGCGGAAGGAUGAGAUUGAUUUGCUUGAAGAGACUGGCGAGCUUCCUCGUGCUGAAAGCUCUGUUGCGCCGCUGCCACCUCCAACCAAAAGCGAAGAGGAGGAGCAAGCGCCAACCCCCGUCAAACAGGGACACAUAGAGGCGUCGGACGAGAGUGGACAGCUGGUAGAUGAGGAGAGCGGAGAGAAGGUGGAGGAUGAUGAAGGGAUGGAGGAUGUUGUGUUGGAUGACGAAAAGAAAGGGAUGGAGGAUGACGUGAAGGCUGAAGUUGAAGAUGAGGAAAAGAGCGAAGAGGCAGAAGGUGAGAAGGUUGAGCCAGCGACGGUGACACCGCGCCCAGAGCCAGUGGGCGACCUCAUCACCGGGGAAGUCGGCCCCGACGAUGUACCCGAACCCGCACCUGGAUCCAAGAACGACUCCACCGAGCCCGAGCCCACUGCCUCUCCCGCGCUCGGAUCAUCCGAAGAACUGUCGCCCCCCCUCACCCCAAACUCUGAAGGUUCCGAAGGGAGCGACCGUCAGGACGCUACCUCCUCUGGGUCUGGUUCCGGCGCUGAGGGCGACAAGAAGGGUUCUGUAAGCAAAAAGACGAAGAAGAAGGCUGCGCAGAAGGCUAGGCAGAAGAAGAGGGCUGCGGAAGCUGCUGCUGAUGGCGCAGUGUCUACAUAA